AUGCGUUCCGUCCACGUUCCUACAUCCUCGGGCCUCUCGGGGCCACCGGCAAGUCAGAAUGGCAACGCAGCGCAGCCACGAACGCACUCGACGAACACUCAGCACCUGCAGCAGCGGCCACAAUCGCUGACGCCGACCCGCGGCGGCGGCGGCGAAGCCAACGGUUCGUCGAUGGCGAUGCAAACGCUCGUCCUGACCGUCAACAAGGAUGCGACCGGCUACGGGAUGAAGGUGUCCGGCGACAAGCCCGUGUUUGUCGAGAGCGUCAAACCGGGCGGGGCGGCCAGACGGGCGGGCCUCAUGCCCGACGACAUGAUCCUGAAGGUCAAUGGAACGUCAGUGCGAGCGUUAACCCACAUAAACGUCGUGGACCUGAUCAAAGCAUCGGACGUCGUUGAACUGACCGUACAGCGAGGCAGCAACAGAAUGCAGCGUCCGUCGCCGUCGACCAACUCCAUCGCGCCGAUGACGCCCGUGGCGCAGCGCAACAGCAUCACCGCUCCACAGCCCGUUGACUUCGCCAAGCAACGGGAGAUGGAAGUGCACAAGAUCAACACGCUGCGGCUGAUGCUGGACCAGGAGAAGAAGAACCUCGAGAACCUGAGCGCCAGCAGCAAACAGCGCACGCCGGGGGAAAGUGCCCGCGCCGAGGCCACGAUCCAGAAGCUCCAGAAGGAACUGCACCAGAUGUGCGGCGAGACCGGCGCGUACCCGCUGUUCAACGCAUCGGCCACCUCGCCCUCGCUGUUCCCGCAACCGCAGGCCCCGCACAGUGGCUCCAUCACGCCCGCGUUCCUGUCGCGCUUUCCCCGCUCGCUGUCCUCGCUGAGCCUAGGCACGAAGAAGAAGUCCAGCGACGCCAAAGAGAUCAGCUCGCCGAACGCCGCCACCGCCGCCGGCUACCACCACCUCGGUUCGCCCGAAUGCCUCAGCCCGACGGCCGGAGGCGGCGAGAACGUGGGCCCCUUCGGUGGCCUCAUGUCGCCGGCCUCGCCGAUCCCGCCGGGCAGCGCCGGCGGCGGCGGAGGUGGAACGCCGACCAAGGGCAAGAAGUACAGCGCCAGCAGCGCGGCCGACCACCAUCACCUGCAGCAUCACCUUCACCAUCACCACCAACCGCCACCACCGCACCUGGGGCGAAGUGGUGGCCACGGAGGCGGGGGGGCCAACAAGCACUCCGGUGGGCUGGCCUCCGCCGACAUUCCGCCACCGCUGCCCCAGCGGAACAACAUUCCCAAGAAAGCGGAAGACACGGUCGACACGAUGAUGGUCGGGUCGCGCCGCAACAUUCUCGUGUCCGAUCUGGACCACCUGGUGCUCUCGUCCCCGUCCCCGGCUCCUCCCGGUGGCGACAAGCUCACCAAUUCGGCCACUACCACCACACCGCCGGCAUCGUCUGGAGGCGGUUCCAAAGGCAAAUCUUCGCGUAGCAAAAAGAAGGGCAACAACGCCACCGCCAGUAGUGGUGGUGGCGGUGGCAGCAACAACAAUCACUCGAGUAGCGGUGCCGGCAACAACAACGCGGCUACCAGCAACAACAACAACAACAACAGUUUCCCAGGCGAAUCACCGACUUCUUCGCCGUGCGAUGCAGCGACCGGUGGAGGCGGCGGCACCACAAUGUACCUAGCUGCGGACCAACAGCAGCAGCGGUUUGCUGGUGGCGGCUCCGGAUCGGAGUUGCAGGCGGAACCGCCACCUCUGCCCCCGCGCCAGCCCGGAAUGAUGGAAAGUGGAGCGGCGGCGAUCCAAAGCCAGACGCUGAUCCUGAACAGUGACGGUAGCGCUGCGCCACAGUUUGCCAGCAACAACAACAACGGAACCGCAACCAUCAGCAGCAGCAACACCACCGCUGCCAACAACAACAACAACGGCGCCGGGGGCCAGAUUAGUAACAAUAACGGUGGCGGUGCACGGGGGGCAGAGAUGCGCCCGCCGCCGAACAGCAUUAACACGCUGAUGAACUACCCGCUCAUCACGACCUGCACCUCGGUCCGCGACAAUAUGGCGGCCGCCUUUCCGCUCUCCUACCGCCCGAACAUUGUGCACCAGAUGCAGCAGCAUCAGCAGACGACCGCACUAAAUCAAUCGGCAGCGGCGGCGGCGGCCGCAGCAGCAGCGGCCGGUGUGAAUCAGUCGAUCAGCAAAAAGCAUCGCCGUAUCGUGUCUUCGCCGGAGAACAUUGGAUCGAAGGACUUUGGCGCCGCGGGAGACCACCAGGCGUCGUCGCCGUACUCGCACCACAAGACGCCGUCCGAUUCGUGGGACAAACGGUCCGAAGUGACGCCGCCAGGAACGCCACCACCGCCGUAUCUGAGCACCUCAAUGACCGGCGGCGGACCACACCAUCACCAUCAUCACGGCGGUGCCGGCCACCUGCAGCAUCUCCACGAGCACACCACUGCCGGUGAUCUGGCGAUCGCGAACCCUCUCACCAGCAAUCACAGCAACAAUGGCAGUAGCAAUAACCACCACAACCACAGCAACAACGCCAACAAUCACAUGUCAUCGUACCACCAUCAUCACCGGCAGCACCAUCAUGCGCCGCCGGUCCACCAUCAGCAGCACGGUCAGUCUCCUCCGGUCGGUGGCGGUGCGAAUGUGACGCCCGGCGGCGGCGGCGGCGGUCCACUGCCCAGCAACAUUGUGGCCGCCCAGGCCAACGUGGCCCAGAAGCCGAUCAUCUCGAUGGAGGACGACGACAUCUCCGACCAGGAGAGCUUCAUCGAGGAGAACAGCCCGUUCCGGUCGCUCACGCAGCUGCUGGAGGCCGAAAAGUCCGUCUACCUGGCGGUGUUUCUGAACUUUGUGCUCACCAACUCCGACCCGUCCGCGCUGCUGUUCUACCUCAUCACGACGCUCUACAAGGAGGGCAGCAUCAAGGAUAUGCGCAAGUGGGCGUACGAGAUUCACUCGACAUUCCUGGUGCCGGGGGCACCGCUGCUGUGCGCCAACGUGGACGAGGCGCUGGCCCGCGAAAUCGACGACGUGCUGCAGAAGGAGAACGAUAAGGUGGAGAUCCUGCGCAAGGUGUUCUGGCGCAGCCGGCUGAAGGCGAAGGAGAGCAUCACGCAGCAGUUGCAGCAGUUUCAAACGAAGCGUACCGCGGGUCUGGGCACAAUGUACGGCCCGAACGAUCAGCAACUGCAGAUGGCCAAGGGCGACAAGGUGAAGGAGCAGCGCAUCGUGGAAGAAACGCUCCUGCCCAAGUUGCAGCAGUAUCUCGACGACGUCGAACGAGAGUCACCGAAGGAGGACGCGAAACGGUCGGCCCUCUGUUCCGCCCUGUCGACCGUGCUGCAGAGGUUCUUCGUGACGCGCUCCAACCCGGGCAGCCCGAUCGACAAGGUGCACCACUUUGUGAGCCGCGAAAAGAGCUUCAAGAGCCGGCUGAUGGCGAACAAGAACCGCAAGCAAACCGUUCUCGGCCACUACCUGCACCUGCAGCCGUACUACGAGGUGACGCGCUGCAACCACUGUCAGAACAUCCUGUGGGGUGUCAGCCCGCAGGGUUACCACUGCAACAACUGCGAACUAAACAUCCAUCGGGCGUGUGCAAAGGAACUGAACGAGUGCUGUCCGGGGCCGGCCACUCAGAAAAACGAUAGCAAAAUCACUAAACUCAUGGAGAAAAUCUCAAGCCGCAAUCACCAUCAAGAUAAGUCCCGGCGUCACGAUGAUGAUGCAGCAGCGGACGAGUCAACCGUUGGAGAACGUGGCGCAAACAUAUCAUUGGCUCGCCAGCCGUCGGAUCGGCGGCAGGAUUCGAGCGGACACCUCGGCAACACUAGCGGCACGGCCGACCAUCUCAGCACCUCCACCUCCGAUGCCUACGGUUACAAGCAGGUCGCCGACGACGAUCAGUUCCGCGAGAACGUAAAAUCGAAAUCGGCCCCUGUGUCCGUUAACCGAUCGGAGUCGUACAAGGAGCGUUCGCAGAAGAAAACCCGAACCACGCGGAGGAAAACGUCCGAUCCGAGCCUAACGAAAACGGCUGACGAACAGAAUGAAGCGUCCUCGUUGGCCAACAACAACUAUUCCAGCAGUUCCACAUCUAGUCUUCCAUUGGCCUUGGACAGCCGGUCGACCUCGCUGGAGGCGGUCGGUGGUAGCGGCGGCGGUGCAACGACAGCGGCUUCCUCGGCUGGUCCAGCGGGAGCCGCCAGCGGUGCACUCCCAACGCAUUCGCCCGGGGCCACCGGCCUGCUGUCGGCUCCGUCGGCGGGUACUGGCGCGGGCAGCGCCAUUGGAACGGCCGGGAGCGCCGGAACCACCGUUCCGACGGCCCGCGAGUGGAUCGACAGCGAGGACGAGGGCACGGCCGAACCGGAGGCGGACUGGAGCUCGAACAUACCGCCGGAAAUACUCUCCUCGAUCAGUGAUCUCGAAAAGAAGCGCCAGGAGGUGAUCAAUGAAAUAUACCAAACCGAGCGGAACCACGUGCGCACGCUGAGGCUACUGGAGGGAAUCUUCAUGCGGCCGCUCCAAGAGUCCGGCGCGCUUCCGCACGAACUGCUGAACCUGCUGUUUCCCCACUCGCUGAUCCACCUGAAGGAUCUGCACGGUGCGUUCGAGUUCAAGCUCAAACAGCGGCGCAGCGAGCACGUGAAUGUGGUGCGCGAGAUCGGCGAUCUGCUGCUCUCGAUGUUUGACGGUCACAGUGGCGAGGAGCUGCGCGAACACGCGGCCCACUUCUGUGCCCGCCAGCAGAUUGCGCUCGAGGCGCUCAAGGAGCGGCGGAAAAAGGACGAACACUUGCAGCGUUUGCUGAUCAAAGCGGAAUCGCACAAGGCGUGCCGUCGGUUGCAGCUCAAGGACCUACUGCCGACGGCGCUGCAGCGGCUCACGAAGUACCCGCUACUGUUCGACAACCUGUACAACUUUACCGUGCGCAGUGCGCCGAAGAACGAGGGCGAGGCGCACGCCAUCCGGAAGUCGCUCGUCUCGGCCAAACGGAUCCUCGAUCACGUCAAUCAGGCGGUGCGCACCGAGGAGGAUAUGCAUAAGUUAUUAACAAUCCAACGGAAGCUCGAUAAGAGCGGGCUGGAUAAGGACGCUUCUAGUGAAUUUAGGAAUAUUGAUCUUACCGUACGCAAGCUCGUCCACGAUGGGACGCUAACGAUGAAGAAGAAUCCCGGCGUACAGCUGCACGGACUGUUGUUUGAAGAUAUCAUGGUGUUGCUCCAGAAGCAGGACGACAAAUAUCUUCUCAAGUAUCACUCUAGUCCCGGUCUCGGUGGAAGCGAAAGCAAGUACGCCGAGGGCCGCUUCAAUCCGAUCACCAAAAUCAAUCUCAUUCUGGUGCGACAGAGCGCGGUCGAUAAGAACACGUUCUUCCUGAUCAACACGAACGUGUCGCAGAUGCUGGAACUGACCGCACCGAGCAGUACCGAGUGCAAAACGUGGUUCAAACACAUCUCGGAAGCUGCCGAUGCGUACAAAGCACGUACCAAAGGAACGCACGGCGAGUAUGGCGACGACGGCCCGGGAGGGGCCGGCCACCCGCCAAAGGACAGCUUCGAAACGGUGACCGAGACGCAAAAGAUCGAGCAAACGUCGACGCCGAUCGAGCGGCUCGAGCGCAAGGAUACGCAGUGCCGGGCCGUGAGCAGUAACGCCGGCCACCAUCACCAUCACCACCACCAGCCGGCGUCACCUGUGGGCCACCACGGCACCACCACCGCGGUCGGUCACACGUCCCCGUCCCUCGGCGGUGGUGGCCCCGGCGGUGGGAAUCGUACCUCGUCCACGGACGAUGAACCGCAACCAGCCGGCGGCGCUGGUGGUAAGGUGCGCUCGGGCGGGGCCAACGAGGCGGACGACAAUCUCGAGAACGAGGAGAAGGAAAAGUUCAAACGCCGACAGCAUGGUGGAUCGCAGGAGUGUAACGGCGGAAGCCGAUCCCCGUCGUCCGCGUCGUCCGCCUCGGCGUCGGCAUCGGAUUGUGACGAUGGUGAGGGCGAGCAGCGGAAACACGGCGGUGACAGCAGCGAGCGGCGUCGGCGACGCGGUGCCGGCGACCGGCGGGGAAGCAACAACACGCGAACGCUCACGCAACAGUGUUCGCUGGUGGCCCCGAGUGAAAUCCACGUCAGCGUUAGCGCCACGCUGACCGCCGAACCGAUCCUGACACCCGCCGAGCAACUGCGGCGGUACGAUCAGCUGAUACAGAAGACGCUCGCCAGUAAGCAGCGCGUCGUGUGCGGCAUGUUCAAAGUGCCAGACGAGCAUUUCCAGGCGAUCGCGGACAUCGCGGCCCAACCGGAAGCACCGAAGGAACCGACCGAUAUCGUGCUGGCCGCGUUUGCGUACGGCCAGUCGCUGCUGGAGAUCCUGAACGAGCACACGCACGUGACGGACUGCCAGCAGAUCAGUGCCGUGUCGAGCUCGGCUGCGCUCUGCGAUGAGUGCGUCGGCCGCGGCAAGAACAUUCCUCCUCCUCCUCCGUCGAGUGCCACCAAAGAAACGCCGAUCGAGCCGACCGUACCCACGAUAGCUAGCGGCACCAUCGUCGAUGGACCUGCAGCGGCAGUAUUACCGGCGACAGCCGGCAGCAGCACCGGUGGUCCCGUCCCGCCGAUCGCCACGGUGGUGUUGGAUCAAACCGUAAACAUAACGGAGGACGAGGACGGUUACUGUGAGAUCGAUGAAGUGAGAGCCGCCGCCGUACUGAUGGCGGAGAACGAGAAAGCCAGAAAGCUGACGGAAGCAUCCCAACUCGCUGCUGCGGCGGCUGCGGCCGCGGCUGCUGCGGCAGCUCCGAAUGCCGUCGAUGCCACCCUAGACGACGGAGGAACGAUGACGGCCGGUGGACGUGCAAAGUGUCCCAUAGAUUCGCACAUAGAAAUCAACGACAAUUACGACUCGACACUGAGUCCCUCCAUGACCCCAAAAUACUCCGGCGCCCUGGGACCGGAACUGUGCGGCAAAAAUCGCCUGCUGCACGCCACGUCCCUCGCCCCGACCGUACCGUGCCAUCUGAUUGCGAACUACGUCACUGGGCUGAACGCGCAGAUUUCACAGCUUCUGCACAAGAUCAGCGAAAAGGACAUGGAGCGUGAGCAGCUGCGAAGGGAGAAUCAACACCUGCGGGAACUGCUGAAUGCAAUGCAUCAGGAGCGAGUGUUAGAAUCACAGGAAACCACUCAAGAUCAGCCACAGCCCGAACAGGGUGACGAUCCAGCGGCACCACCACCACCGCCACCAGCAGCAUCUUCCGCCGCAAUCAGUUCCGAGGGAUCCACUACCCAACAGCAGCAACCAAAACCGGCAGAGGAACCGACGGAACAUGCAUAAAAACGUGCGCUUCCGGCAAUCGGCUGCAACCGCCAGGAGGACGGUCGUAGAAAGCUAGCGAAAGCCACUAGAAAUAUCAAACGCCAGAAAGCAUUCGCUACUUAUGCGCCACCGUUCGGGGUAUUAUGGUGUGUAAAGCGAAGAGAGAACGAGAGAGCCGUGUCCGGGGGGGUGUGUGCACGCGGCUCUCUGACGGUCGAUUGUGAAUCAACGUAAAAUGCCUUAAGAGUAGUAGAGGGAGUCGCCUAGAGUCCUAGAUUAGAGGGAAGAGCCACCUUUUGCCCUGCUCUCUCGCUGUGUGUGUGCGCGCGCCCGAUAAAAACAAGGAAGGCAUAGUUCGAAGGCAUUAUGCCCUUUUCUGUUUCGCUUCCCGAUUCCGAUUGUACCGCCCGUGGUUUUCGAGUUUCGGCCCGAAAGGAGUUAGGGCUAGGGCUUACACUCUGCUGCUGAACGACUAAAGCAACAGCGAAAAAAUUGUUCCUUCACGCACACGCCACUCAUUUUAUUACACACUCCUUUCUUUCCUCCUUUUGUGUAAAGUAUAUGCGCGCCUGCGCAACCAACCACACGCUGUUAGGGGGAACCGGCCGCGCUCUGUUGUAAUUGAUCCGUUUCUGUUCCCGAGGUUAACGUGUGGGCGCGCGCCUUUCGUCUUUCCCUUUUCGUCUCGUCCGCAUGGUUAUUACAUAGGGAGUACGUUUAUUUUAUUAUCAUUAUUAUUGUUAAAAGUAAUCUUAUUAUCUUUAGUAAUAUUAUGCAGAAAAGAUGAUGAUUAUUAUUACGUUUACUAUUACUGUGACCGUGUUGGGGCGUGUGUUUGUUAGCAUGAUGCAUGAGCGCUGCAUGUUCGGCGGCGCCUCCACCGGCACCACCGGCUUUGGCGUGACGUGAUGGCGCGUGAGCUUCUUCCGUGGCUUCCGGCGCCACCAAAAACAACAAAAAAGCAUAAGGGUGUGGAAAUUUAGUAGAAAACAAAAUAAAAAUGCAAAACAAAGUUCUGAAACCGCUCUGAACGCUUUUGUAACGAAGCAAAACUGAAGGGAAAAUGUGUCACCCGAGCGGAGAGCGCACAACACAGCACGGCACAUGCUCUAAGCCUAGAACAUGCUAAAUUAUUUAUUGUACAUUGUUCCAUUUUUUUCUGUUUUUCUUCUUUUCCGGGCGCUCUAGCGUAUGUAUUGUAUAAAGCAAAUAUAUAUCCAAGCGAUAGGACAGUCUAUCUCUCCCUAACUCUCUCUCUCUGCUCUACUGUUAUUACUACUGCGCUAGUUUCAUAACCAAACAGUGUGUAGAGAGAGAGAAUGAGAGAGGGAAAGACAGUUUCCAGGACAGUAAAAAGCAAGAAAGCGGUAAAAUAAGGCAAACCGAGUUACUCUUCCAAAGGCCCGAUAAUCACAGCAAAUGAACCACACAGCGUUAGCUACAUGGAAAUUGAUAAGAAAAAAUAGAAGAGGAACGAUGAAACAAAUUGCAAAUAUAAACCCAAAACCCACUGUGUACAAAACUAUCACACCACCAUCACUUACUUCCCUUCCCCGGAACGUUGCUUCUAAUCAAUAAAUAUGCCGAAUGUGUCCUCUCCUAAUUGCGUCAGAAUGG